AAGAAGGAAUAAAACGCACACAGACACACACUGAGUUUCACACACUCAUGCCGCACGCACUUUCACUCCCCACUGCGUGUCUCAGGCCCUUUUUCCCUGGCCCCGAGUAAACCCAAACCAUGUUUGGUAAUUAAUCCCAGUAGUAAAAGAGGGUAACAAAGUUGAGAGAGAGUGAGGGGACAGAGACAGAGAGAGAAGGAGAGAGAUGAAGCGAGGAGCAGUUGUCUCAGUCUCUCUAUCAAACACCUUUGUGGUUGAUUUUUGACAAGAAUUCUGAAAGCAUUGUUUUUAUUUACUAUAUAGUAGUAGCUAAGUUCUUGAGUUAAGAGAGUGGGAUUAAGUCUUAGAAAAGCAAGAGAGAGAGAGAGAGUAAAGAGGAGAUGGUGGGCUCAGGAGCAGCAGACAGGAGCAAAGAAGCAGUUGGGAUGAUGGCCCUUCAUGAGGCCCUUAGAAGCGUCUGUCUCAACUCAGACUGGACUUACUCUGUCUUCUGGACCAUCAGGCCUCGCCCGAGAGUUAGAGGUGGCAAUGGUUGCAAAGUUGGAGACGACAAUGGCAGCUUAAUGCUGAUGUGGGAAGAUGGGUUCUGCAGAGGCAGAGUUGCGGAGUGUUUGGAUGAGAUGGAUGGGGAAGAUCCUGUCAGGAAAUCCUUCAGCAAAAUGUCCAUUCAAUUGUAUAAUUAUGGAGAAGGGUUGAUGGGGAAAGUUGCUUCUGAUAAAUGCCAUAAAUGGGUCUUCAAGGAGCCAACAGAAUGUGAACCAAACAUUUCCAACUACUGGCAGAGUUCAUUUGAUGCUCUACCUCCAGAGUGGACUGAACAGUUUGACUCAGGCAUUCAGACUAUUGCUGUUAUUCAAGCUGGACAUGGGCUGCUUCAGCUUGGUUCUUGCAAGAUUAUACCAGAAGACCUACAUUUUGUGCUGAGGAUGAGACACACUUUCGAAUCCUUAGGUUACCAAUCCGGAUUCUACCUAUCCCAGCUCUUUUCUUCCACACGCAACGCCUCAUCUUCGACCUCAGUUCCUCUAAAGCAACCCGCUAUGCCUAUUCGCCCGCCCCCUCCCCUGUUCAAUUGGGGGCCAAGGCCAAUGCCUUCAGCCGCUCCGAUGCUCACAUCUCCCAGUUUUCAGAACUCGGCUCGACUCGCAAUGCCACCAUCCAAAGACGAAACUCACAUGUUCCUUCUGCCUCAUUCCUCUGAAUCCCGGAUGGAAGAUAUGAUCGGGGACCACGAGAACGACAUCAAAUGGCCCAAUGGAUUGUCAUUCUUCAGCGCGCUCACUGGACGGACCGACGAAGCCAAACUUUUGUUUAAUCCAGAGGGCCUCGCGAGCAAGCCAGAUCCCAAUUCAGAUCCGUCAAGUCUGCACAACAAUUGCGGGGCGAAUCCUAACGAGUUCUUGAGCUUAGACAGCCAUUCAAAGAUGGACGGUAAGUUCAAGAGGAGCUUCACUUUACCUGCAAGAAUGGCCACUUCGUCUUCUUCAACAUCGCUCGAUCACCACGGACACAAUCCUGGGGAGUAUAGGAACGAAGCGGGCAUGUACUCCGACGUGAUGGAAACUUUCUUGGAGUGAUUUGUGUUGGAGGGGGAAGUUGUACCUAGGAACAAAAAAAGUGUCUGAUGCUCCCUUUUUUUUAAUUGUUCUAGUGCUUUCUGUAAUUUGCUGUUCUUUGAUCUCUAAACACUUAUCUGCAAUAUUAGCUAUAGACUUCAGAUUACCAACAGAUUAGGACAAGAAA